AAUUUCGUCGCAAACAUUUUCUCGCUUACGGCGCACGGUGGUGGUGAUCUGCAAAAUUGUGUAGUGCGGCUUCCCACUUUCUGUACCUUCUUUUUGUUUUGGUUUCCCAUUGCUGGCUGUACAUCUUCACGCAAUUGUAAGUGCGUGCAUCACUGACGGUUUACGGAAUUUGCUGCAACCAACCAGAACGAGCGGGCAUCCUGGCGCAACAAUAGUUGCAUCCCGAGACCUGGUAGAGAGACAGGCCAUCAGCACAAACCUGAAAUGCAGUGCGAAAUGAAUGGCUAGCUUACUGCUGCGAUCAGCAACGCCCGGCAGUACCAGAAGAACAACCGGAAAGGGAGCGGAAGCGUCCGUCGAUCGGGAAGUGAAGAGUGUGUGUGUGUUUGUGUAUGUGUGUGUGUGGGCCGAACGGCACGGCGGCUCCUCACCCUACCCCGGGCAGCUGCAAACAAUGCCGAAGUUGCCCCGACGCGUAGUAGCCGAUGCCCCUUAAAAAUAAACAAUAUUACAUCAUUUUGUAACGUGAAGCGCGAUACGACCGGGCAGCAAGAGUGUGGUGUCAACCUCCUCCUCCCCCACCAAAUGUUUCGUAAAUAGCGUUCUUUGUGUUUUCGGACGUAAGCUGCUCCUCCGGCUCCUCUGAACACGGGCUGAACACGGGGAGCGGGCGAUUUCUGUCACCAUCCGGGCGAUGGAUAGCAACAAGAACCAGGAGUGCUGCUACGGCAACGGAGGCGGCGGUGGCGGUGUUGGCCUCACGGUGGUCAUCGGGACGGACCGCAUCGCGAAGGCGGUGUCGGCGGUGAAGUAUCAGAACCAGUUCAACAACAACAACCUGAUCGAGCAGGAAAAUCUAAUGCCACCGGUGCAGGGUCGCGUGGUUGGGAUGGUGCCGGACGACGGGUCGCCCUCGACCAACGGCCAGCAGAAUGGGGUGACGGCGAACGAGUCGCCGGGGAAGGAAAAGGUUCACCUGGCCGAGAAUGGAUCCACCCGCCACCUCGCAUCGUCCAUUUUCACGCAAUCGUCCUCCCCGGCCGCCUCUGCGGGCAGUGACGCGCUGCCGGACCGGUUGCAUCCGACCCUUCCGGAAUGUUUCCUUACCGGCAGUACCAACAACAUCACCAACAGCUUUAAUCCCCCCACAAACGGCGCAAGCCCUGUGUCCUCAUCCACCGGGUACACUAUACAACCGCCCGUUACGUCCUUCGACGUGGCCGCUACCAGCAACGGUAGCACGGUGGUUGAUUUUACCAACAACUCCAACGCACCAGAAGCGGACCAUUCACCGCUGGUGGCGGCCGCAAACAACGACGAUACGGUCGACCCGGCGGACGAGGGCGACUUUUCCGACAACAAUUCCCUCGGCAACCUGUCGUACGCUAGCGAGAACGGGCUGGUGGAGGAAAUCAUACUGCUGCCGAGCAACGCCUACUCCGACGAUGACAAUGCGUCCACGUCGGAUGACUGUAUCUAUGCGUACCGGGGUGGUGAGCCGGCGGGGGCGGCAGGGCAACUGCUAGACCUGCAGGGCGAUCUGCCGCCGGACGACGAGACGGACUUUCUCGAGAUGGACUUCGAUCCGGAGCCGAGCUCGGAGAUGGAAACCUUUAACCGCCAGCAGGACGGGUUUCUGCUCGGACUGGACGGUGAGCAGUAUGGUGCGGCGGCAGCGCGACCUCCGGAAGGUGGACAUGGGCCGGAAGUUGAUGGUGGUGGUUGUGGUCCACGAUCACCGACGAACGGAGCGAGGCAGGCUUCGCCGGUACAAAUCGCAGCGGGAACAGUAGCGGAACAGCACGAACCGAAGGGCAAUGAAACGGGUUUAUAUCAUCAAGCGGCCGAAGUGGGUGAAGCAGGAGCACUCUUUGCUGGUCCUUUACCGGCAGUGGCACAACCAGUGGACACGCAAUCGAACGCUCGGCCAGAAAGUAGAGAGCAAAAUGCCACGGUAAGCAAAAGCCCCGAACCGGCCGUGAACCGAACGGAAGCUCACAAAACGGGUGCCAUUCCGAAGAACUUACCGAUCCCGGUGGAUCGACCCCCAACCUUAUCCUCCAACUCGAAGAACCUUCGGCUCGACCUAACGGUGCAUUCGGACGAACCGGAUUUUGUCGAGACGCACCGGUAUCAAGAUUGCUCGCUGUACUACUAUCAACCGGCCGAGUUUUCUGCCAGCACUAGCAAGCGAUCGAAAGGCUUGCAGCAGCAGCAGGAAAAUGAAGCAGAAGAAAUGCACUGUUUGGACUGUGCAGAGCAAGAGUUCCUAAUGCGCACGAAGCAGGACCACCCUGCCAGGCAGCGGUACUGUAACAGUUGCAAUGCGACAAAAGGAGAGGGCAGGAUGCGAUCAUCGGCAUUGAAAGCUACGGAUCAUCGCUCGGUGCGAUCGUACGCUGGGCCAAACCGAACGGCGGAAGCGUUCUAUGCCCGUGCAACGGAACCACGGAUGGACGACGAGCACGGUACGGUGGACGAUGAUGAGCUGCUCGAUCUGCGUGCGGAACAGAUCGUGUUUGAGACGCUGCACAAAAUUAACACACUGAAGGAAACGCCACCAACAACGGCUGGGCCGAAGGCAGAGUGUGUGAAAAGCAUGGCAAAGGGAUCGCUCAUGCCUGUGCUGGAGAAGGAUGAUGGUGCGGCCAAAGCACAGUACGAUCAGAUAGUACCGCUCGUCACCCAUCCAAUGACACAACCCAAGCAGAGUGUAACGCUGUACACGGUGAACUGCAACGAAGCGACAAUAACGGAAGCUUUUAUGCACCUUGGCCUUUUACCGAAGGAGAGCGUACUGCGGCAGUACGCAACGGAGCGGCUCGAGGCGGACAAUGCCAAAAUGACCAUACCGAAGUAUCUGCUGCACAUGUCGAAGCGCGACUGCAACUACCGGAAGCUGAUCGACGUCAUCAAAUCCUGCUGUGAUAUGGAACCGCUGGACGUUCAAUACUAUCCGAUCGAUCCAUUCAUGGACGGGCCCGAAAUUGUGCAGAUCUGUUCGAGCGAGAUAGCGAAACACUGGAACGCCAACACGAACCUGCGCCAGAUUAUUCACUUCAAGCACAAACACUUUCACACGUUGAAUGUUCUCGGUAAAAUAGUGAACAUCCUUCGGCAGCCUUCCCGCGGCCGGGACACCAACUACAUGAUCAGUAUACCACAGUACUACAAGAGUGGAAUCAUCAAGAUAAUGCGGAUAGCACCACCCAGCUGGUGAUAAUUGGACAAAACGGCGCCAAUGAGCUAGUCAGAUCAGUCGCUGCGGGUGGUGAAAAGGACCGGGGGGGGGGGGAUCCAAUGGGGGCAAUCCCAUAGAUUAAGCCAGUGAUUUUGUUUAGCAGACAGACGUACAUACCCGUAAGUAAUGCGUAUGUUGAUGUGAUGAAGGUGAUGAGGCAAAGAGAAUCAGUGUUUUUCUUUUCUUUUUAAAGUAAGUUUGUACUGUUAUUUACGCUUAAAACAGAAACACAGAAACACAUACACACAGAUAUACAAACGCUACAAGGUUUUGAUUGUGGGGCAGGUUUUAAAUUGCGCGCACCGCAAAGAGUACUAUCAAUAGCCGCGCGAAAGUUGACUGCAGCUGUACCCGGUGACCAGUUAGGAAGGGGCUAGGGACGGGGUAGCUGAGCCCCCGGGCUUUAUGUACAUAUUAGAUAGAAACCUAUUUAUUCUACGGUACCGUGCGCAAACAGGCUGCGCUGCGCAGAUGGAGAGCAAAACCCCCAAACCCACGUGGCGAUGGAGAACGCGUUUGUGAAAGUUUGCAUAAAAAGGUUCAGUUGCGCAAAAUUUGUUUCGGCAUCCGUUUUACCCGUUGCAACCCCUUUGUUCGCGUUAUCGCAUGUGCAUA